CUUGUGCGGCGCCAUUUUAAGCCUCUCGGUCUGUGGCAGCCGCGUUAGCUCGGCGCUGGGAGCGGAGAGCGAAGGGAGGCGGAGACGGAGGAAGGUCCGAGGAGCUGCUCCGGUCCCCGCCGAGCCGCCACCGCAGGCCGAGGACGGUCGGACUUCCGCGGCGGGAGGAGCCUGUGCCCCUGAGGGUCUCUGACGUACACCAUACUACGGUUUUGAAAAUCUUGCGUGGACAAUGGCUACCCAAGCUGACUUGAUGGAGCUGGACAUGGCCAUGGAGCCAGACAGAAAAGCGGCUGUUAGUCACUGGCAGCAACAGUCUUACCUGGACUCUGGAAUCCAUUCUGGUGCCACUACCACAGCUCCUUCUCUAAGUGGUAAAGGCAAUCCUGAGGAAGAGGAUGUGGAUACCACCCAAGUUCUGUAUGAGUGGGAGCAGGGAUUUUCUCAGUCCUUCACUCAAGAACAAGUAGCUGAUAUCGAUGGACAGUAUGCAAUGACUCGAGCUCAGAGGGUACGAGCUGCUAUGUUCCCUGAGACAUUAGAUGAGGGCAUGCAGAUCCCAUCUACACAGUUUGAUGCCGCUCAUCCCACCAAUGUCCAGCGUCUGGCUGAACCAUCACAGAUGCUGAAACAUGCAGUUGUAAAUUUGAUUAACUAUCAAGAUGAUGCAGAACUUGCCACACGUGCAAUCCCUGAAUUGACAAAACUGCUAAAUGAUGAAGACCAGGUGGUGGUUAAUAAGGCUGCAGUUAUGGUCCAUCAGCUUUCUAAAAAGGAAGCUUCCAGACAUGCCAUCAUGCGUUCUCCUCAGAUGGUGUCUGCUAUUGUACGCACCAUGCAGAAUACAAACGAUGUGGAAACAGCUCGCUGUACUGCUGGGACCUUGCACAACCUUUCCCAUCAUCGUGAGGGCUUGCUGGCCAUCUUUAAGUCUGGGGGCAUUCCUGCCCUGGUGAAGAUGCUUGGUUCACCAGUGGAUUCUGUAUUGUUUUAUGCCAUUACGACUCUCCACAACCUUUUAUUGCAUCAGGAAGGAGCUAAAAUGGCAGUGCGUUUAGCUGGUGGGCUGCAGAAAAUGGUUGCCUUGCUCAACAAAACAAAUGUUAAAUUCUUGGCUAUUACGACAGACUGCCUUCAGAUUUUAGCUUACGGCAAUCAAGAAAGCAAGCUGAUCAUUCUGGCUAGUGGUGGACCUCAAGCUUUAGUGAAUAUAAUGAGGACCUACACUUAUGAGAAACUGCUGUGGACCACAAGCAGAGUACUGAAGGUGCUGUCUGUCUGCUCUAGUAAUAAGCCGGCUAUUGUAGAAGCUGGUGGAAUGCAAGCUCUAGGACUUCACCUGACAGAUCCAAGUCAACGUCUUGUUCAGAACUGUCUUUGGACUCUGAGGAAUCUUUCAGAUGCUGCAACUAAACAGGAAGGGAUGGAAGGUCUUCUUGGGACCCUUGUUCAGCUACUGGGCUCAGAUGAUAUAAAUGUGGUCACCUGUGCAGCUGGAAUUCUUUCUAAUCUCACUUGCAAUAAUUACAAGAACAAGAUGAUGGUGUGCCAAGUGGGUGGUAUAGAGGCUCUUGUGCGUACUGUCCUUCGUGCUGGUGACAGGGAGGACAUCACUGAGCCUGCCAUCUGUGCUCUUCGUCAUCUGACCAGCCGACACCAGGAAGCGGAGAUGGCCCAGAAUGCUGUCCGCCUUCACUAUGGACUGCCAGUUGUGGUUAAACUCCUACAUCCACCAUCCCAUUGGCCUCUGAUCAAGGCUACUGUUGGGUUGAUCCGAAAUCUUGCCCUCUGUCCAGCAAACCACGCACCUUUGCGUGAGCAGGGUGCCAUUCCGCGACUAGUUCAAUUGCUGGUUCGUGCACAUCAGGAUACCCAGCGCCGUACAUCAAUGGGUGGAACACAGCAGCAGUUUGUGGAGGGGGUCCGCAUGGAAGAAAUAGUUGAAGGUUGUACUGGAGCCCUUCACAUCCUAGCUCGGGAUGUUCACAACCGAAUUGUUAUCAGAGGAUUAAAUACCAUUCCGUUGUUUGUGCAGCUGCUUUAUUCUCCCAUUGAAAAUAUCCAAAGAGUAGCUGCAGGGGUCCUCUGUGAACUUGCUCAGGACAAGGAGGCUGCAGAAGCCAUUGAAGCCGAGGGAGCCACAGCUCCUCUGACAGAAUUACUUCAUUCUAGGAAUGAAGGUGUGGCAACAUAUGCAGCUGCUGUUUUGUUCCGAAUGUCUGAGGACAAGCCACAGGAUUAUAAGAAACGGCUUUCGGUUGAGCUGACCAGUUCUCUCUUCAGAACGGAGCCCAUGGCUUGGAAUGAGACUGCUGAUCUUGGACUUGAUAUUGGUGCCCAGGGAGAACCCCUUGGAUAUCGCCAGGAUGAUCCCAGCUAUCGUUCUUUUCACUCUGGUGGAUACGGCCAGGAUGCCUUGGGUAUGGACCCCAUGAUGGAGCAUGAGAUGGGCGGCCACCACCCUGGUGCUGACUAUCCAGUUGAUGGGCUGCCGGAUCUGGGGCAUGCCCAGGACCUCAUGGAUGGGCUGCCUCCAGGCGACAGCAAUCAGCUGGCCUGGUUUGAUACUGACCUGUAAAUCAUCCUUUAGGUAAUAAUGAAGAAUUACCCACCUGGAUUUGGACUUCAAGCACCUUCACAGAAGUGUGACUCAUUUGAAGAGGGGAAUUCCUUCAGCUCCACUUUGAACUGAUAAUUAAGAUGGUUUACCUGUCGAUGUUUAUCUGAACAUAAUCAGAGCGAACUAGAAUGGGCCUUCUUCCAUGCUGUCUGCCAGGUGAGCCUGUCAUCCUGGUGGUAGGUCUGACAAGCUUAGUUCAUCCCUGAGGGCAGAGUCAGUAGACCUGUUAGAACUUGUGUUUUGGGCUUUAAAAAACAUGAAAGUGUUUUGUGCUUAGGGAGAGCUGUUUCUGAUUUACUGUGUAUUUAAAUAUAUAUUCAGUUCCUUUCUGUUGGAUGAAGACCCUUUGAGAAAGCUUUGUAAAUUCUUCCCUGUGGUCUAAGAUGUAAUUGGGAUUGGAGAGGAAACACUUGUGUACCUGUGAGGGGGCAGCUCUGCCUCCAGUGCAUGACACACGGCACCAAGGCAGCACUGCAAGAGCUGUUGGUUAGAGCUGUGAGGUUAGAGUGAAGAUCUUUAGUGAGUUCAACUUUUAACAUAAAGAACCACAGCAGCGUGUUUUAUUUAAAUAACUUUUUAAAACCAGAAGACAUUUCAAAGCUUUGUCUGCAUUCAUUAUAGUUUUGAAAUUCCAUGUAAAAACUUAAUAUGAUGGUUAAUCUGAUUCAGCAAGGUAGUUCUGCAAUAAAGGACAAAGGGCCAAGACACUUGUGAAGAAUAAGAUAGAAAGAUGUGUUCUGUCAGCUGUCAGGGCCUAACUGUAAAGCUAGAGGUAGGUAACACUGUUAUUGGCAUGUGUAUAGAGUAUACACUAAGGGAAUAGAAGAAGACGAUAGGCACUUUAAAGGUAGCGUUGGAGGUCAGUGUGAAAAAGAGGGAAGUUUUUGUAAAAGUGUGGAACAGUUAGGUAGCCAUUUGGAUAAAACGGAAAUUAAUGCAGAAAAAAAUCCAUAAUCAACAAACUAUCAAAAGCCCACACUGGAAGCCCAUGUGUCCAAUAAUUGCAAGAGAACGGCCUCAAUGCUUUACUACAGCGUCAACGUGAUAAUGUGGGUAUAACGAUACUGAAUAAAAGCAAGUCACAAAUGCAUGCCGUAGGACUGCACUGGUGCAAAAAAAAAAAAAAGGCAAACUAUUUUAAGGAAAUCAUCCACAGAUGGUAAAGCUAAAAAGCAAGAAAAUUAUUAAAUUACCACAAAAAUGAGAAAAGUAGUUACCUGGGAUGGAGGUGCAUAGGACAUUUGAUCCCACUGCAGUGACCACCAUUAAGGUGAAAAGUGAAGCUUUUCCAUGUUGGAGGAGGUGUUCUAGACAUGAGGCUUUGAUCUGGUUAUUUGAAUCCUUGACAGCGAAAAAUCUUGAGAUAAAUACACUCUUUGAUUCUUGUCUUGAUUAG